AUGGUUGGCGCUCGAAUCAGGAUCACAGACAACCCGCAAGCAGAAAAACCUCAAGAUAUCGUCAAGAAACGCCCCGCUUCAGCCAGCAAAGACGAGCCGCCAUCUUCCAAGUCAACUUUGCCUCGACCUACUCCGCCUGCACCGCUUCCGCCACCGAUGACGCUGUUGGGAGGCCUGCGCAGGGGUUACGUGCCUGUUAGGAGGCGGAAUCCCAGCGGCGGUCUCCAAUCGAGUGAUCAGAUUAGCCCGAGUGACGGCACCCGCCGCCGUCAACUGCGCGGUCGUGACAGGCAGGCUGAGGAGGAGGAUGGCGAGGCUGGCAUGACCGAAGCUGGCAUGACCGAAGCUGGAGUGACCGAAGCUGGAGUGACCGAGGCUGGGAAAUCCAAAACAAGCCCCGAGCUGUACUAUAACGGAGGGGCUGUUAUCAUGGAUCCGGUCGUCUACCUCAUCUACUACGGCACGUGGCCUGAGACGGAGCUGCCAUUAUCGAGAAUUUCGUGCAGUCACUGGGAGGGAACGCGAGCAGGCAGGGGGGGCCGAGGAGUGAGAGCAGCCAUGUCUUUGUGCCCUUCCCACAUGCCAGCUGCACCAUGCGUCCUCCUCGACACCCGCAAUCCCUUCCUAGAUCGUCCCGACUUCAUUGCCUUCCUCCCCUCCAUCCAUACUCGUCCUUCCGGGCAUCCAUCUUGUUUCCUCCCUCCGAACUACUUUGCAGUUGUGGAUCGCAACGUGGGCAAGGCCAACCGGCUGCCGUCCGAUCCGAGCGGGAUCUACAUCGUGAUCACGAGUGCUGACGUGGACGUGUGGGAGUUCAGCCGCUGCAGCUACUGCGGGUGGCACGCACAGAUGAUGGACAUGCGCACCGGGAGCCCUGUGGCAUAUGCAUUCGUGGGGCACCACUCGCUGUGCUGCCAGUACAGCAACUCCUCCCCCAACGGCCUGCCAGCCAUAGACAGCAUGGUGAGCACCAUCGCGCACGAGAUCACCGAGGCCACCACCGAGUGGACUGGGCUCUUCCCACCACUACCACUGAAACCUCUACCCAUGCCCUUCCCUCCACCCCCCCAUCCCCUUCCCACGAGAUCACCGAGGCCACCACCGAGUGGACUGGGCUCUCCCCACCACUACCACUGA